AUGGCUGAUGAAAGCAGUUUCGUGCAGCCAGCCAUUCCUAAGUUUGAUGGGCACUAUGAUCAUUGGAGCAUGCUCAUGGAGAAUUUUCUGCGAUCCAAAGAAUACUGGGGUCUGGUGGAAGUUGGGAUUCCUGCAGCAGCAGAAGGAGUGGAUCCUACAGAGACACAGAAGAAGGCGAACGAGGAUCACAGGCUAAAAGAUCUAAAGGCGAAGAAUUAUCUGUUUCAAGCUAUCGAUCGAUCGAUACUGGAGACAAUCUUGAAGAAGGACACAGCGAAGGACAUUUGGGACUCAUUGAAGCAAAAAUAUCAAGGCACAGCUCGUGUAAAACGUGCACAGCUGCAAGCUCUUCGUAAAGAGUUUGAGGUACUUCACAUGAAGACAGGAGAGUCAGUGAAUGACUAUUUUGCACGAACGCUCACCAUUGCCAACAAGAUGAAAUUUCACGGAGAACAGAUGGGUGAUGUGGUGGUCAUUGAAAAGAUCUUACGGUCCAUGACGCCUAAAUUUGAUUAUGUUGUGUGCUCCAUAGAGGAGUCCAAUGAUAUUGACAUUCUGUCUAUCGAUGAACUUCAAAGUCGUUUACUCGUCCAUGAACAACGAAUGAGUAGGCAUACCAUGGAUGAACAAGCACUGCAAGUCACAAAUGAAAUUUAG